AUGGGUUUCGUAGUCCUGCCGGCCUUACCCGCAGACAUCACCGCGGUGUACGACGUGUACUUCGCAGCCUUCAAGAAUGAUGCAAUCACAAAGGCGUUGUUCCCAUCAGCCACAGCGGAGGAGAUGACAGAUCCGGAGUCUGAGUUCCGCAAAGCGCAUACUGCUCACACACGAGAGUACUGGCAGAGCAAUCUCACACAACAUACACUAAAAUGCGUAAACUCAGAGGGAAAGAUCGUCGGCAUGGCACUAUGGGAUGUUUACAUCACCCCUAGUGACUGGACAAAGGGCGAGAUAGGAUGGCUGCAAGGGAAGGAGAGGGAGCGUGCCGAGGCCUUGAUCGGCCCGCUUUGGGGCGCGCGAGAAAAGCUUUGGAGCAAGGAGCGGUACCUGUACUGCCACGUGAUCGCGGUCCGCCCAGAUGCCCAGCGAAAGGGUGUCGGCGAGUUGUUGGUGGAAUAUGGUAAGAAGAUCGCGUUGCAAGCAAACCUUCCGAUCUAUGUUGAGAGCUCACAGGCGGCCAUCAGGCUGUAUGAGAAAUCUGGCUUCCGAUGGCUUAAGGAGCGUCCUGUCCACAAGUCGUGCGACCUGCACCCAGGGCAGACGGACAGUGACCAGGAAGAUCAUGAAAUUCCACUGCUGGUGUGGAUUCCCGGAGGCGAUGAAAAAUUGCUACCGAAUGCUGUUCAGCUUGCCUGA